UCGGUGUCACAAAGCAUAUAUCGCAUAUUCACGCUUUAAUAAACGAAUAAAUGUGUAUGAUUUGUUUAUAUGUAACGGUAUAAGACUUAAAAUGCGGUUCAACUCAAAACCUCAGUAUGAAAUCGCGGCUCUUGAUGAAGUAAAGUGAUUUGUGGAGUGGUGUUCAAACACCGGCUAAUUAAGGAUAAUUAUAAUGCGAUUCCUCGUGUUAUCCAUCCUGGCCCUAUCCAGCUUGUCGCAAGCUCAAGAAAGUGCUCAAUACCUCCACAAUGCCAUAAGAGACUUAAGAUAUAUGAAAGGCCGUCAGACACUAAAACGAGUGGACACGACACCCGAGCCCGAACCAACGGCAGCCCCGGCCCCAAAACCGGCCGAAAGACGCAUGCAGGGGGGGAAAAGUGUCCCCCCUUUAUCCCUGACAAAAGGCGAACUUGCAGCUUUGUACGAAGCGGCAGUUUCAAAAGGCGAAACAGUCAAAUUAGACGCGGGAGACAACUCCUACAUCCAUGCAGCUGUACACGAAAUGAGUGAUUCCCCGAGUUAUGGACAUGAAACUAAAGCGAGUGAAGGGGACGAUGGGACAGGGUAUUAUUAUUACUAUUAUCCAGUGAAGAGUUUUUUAGAUGAUAUGGCCUCGCAAUCGACUUUGAAUGACUACCAAUAUAGCUCCACCAAUCACAAACCCACGUCAGAAAAACCACAUUAUCAAUAUCACUCACAUACACACCAGCACAAUGUUAAAAUAACUUCGAGUAAAGAAAUGGUCCCGGAAAAAAAGGACAAGAAGGCCCUGGAGCCCCUCUUCAUGGCCAUUUCGGGUUUUAUCGGCAUGGCCGUGAUGUUCGUAUUAUCAGUGCUUGUUUUUCCCAAGUUUGGGAUUAAAAAAACACGGGGGAAUAUAAAGGGUGGGAUUAAAAAAAACGAAAGGAUUACUGAUAUCGCCCGAGUUGCUUUGCAAGCAAUCGAAGGGAAGGAUUGCGCUGAACGGUUUGCUUGCGAGUUGGAGAAAACAGCUCGAGCUUUUAAUUUGCAAGAUAAUCGAUUUGUGAAGUUGUUGAAGAGAAUGGCCCCGAGUUCGUUUGGGAAACAAAUGGAUAAAGUUGGGAGGAAUAAUAAUAAAAGACUUAGGUGCACUGCGAUUCCUUGUAAAAAGAAAAAUCCGCCGAAAAAGAAGGCAGGCGCCCAGAAGAAACCCUAAUUGCCACCAAAGUUUUUAAUUUAGGAUAUUUAACUUAUUUAUUUUUUAUUUAUUUGUACAUUUUACUGUUAAAAAAAAACAAACAAUAUACGCAUGAAAUUAUA